AUGGAUUCAAUAACAGAAGAUUCACAAGUCCAUCAACGGGAAGAGCACAAUGGAGUCAAAGAAGAACCAUCCACAGGGAAUGAAGCGAUAACUGAACAAUCACCAAUACCAACAAUUAAACGACCAAAAUUAGAAUCUCGAGAACAAUCCAUUGAUAAUUUUGAUAAAUCCCAGAAACAACCACCAAUGCAUGAAAUAGUUGGAGGAUCAUCAGUAAGGCGAUAUCUUAAUCAAUAUUUAACUAAACAUUUAUUAGAAGGAUUAAAAGAAGUUGGACAAAAGAAACCUCAAGAUCCUUUAGAAUAUUUAGGGAAGUUUUUAAUUGAAAGAUCACAAGAAUUGAAGAAGAUAGAAGGGGAAGAAGAGUAG